AAACCCAACGAUGGAGAGGGCGGGAAGAAUGAAUCCAAUUAGCUUGGGUUGAUGGGAUGGCAUGGUUCAGCAUUGCAGGCGUAGUCCUACUUAUGCAACAGUCUCUUAUCUAUAAUAAAUGUAUUGUUCUGUCUCCAACCUAAAUGUGUUCUUCGCCAUAUACUGACGAUGGUCACAACACGAGUGAGUCAAGGUAGAAAAUGAUGUGACAUCCACGUAAAAUCUUGAAGAUUAGGCAUUUAUAUCAUAACAAAUCUACAAUUUUAGGAACGCGUCUAUUAUCAGAGCGGUACGAAUUUCGAAGUAGACCAUAAUUCUGAAGUAAUACAAUUCACUAUCCAUCUGUCACUUCAGAAAGCCUGUUUCACGUGUGCUUGUCCGACAAAUACACUGGAUAUUGGAAAUUAGACUGCGCGUUAACAUAUCCAACCUUGACUCAAUGACGCUAAACCUUACCAACAAUUUCGCUAUUUGGAUCAGCCAAUGGAGACGAGACUGGCCCCAUCCACCCACAGCAUCACUGGUUAUAAAUAUCGAGCUGUAAUUGCCUCGUUAAUUAUCUUGCCUAGCCGAGUUCAGUCGAAAUGUCUAAAGUUAAGGUUGGAAUUAUUGGGGGUUCUGGAUUCGAUGACCCAAAUUUAUUCAAGAAAGUAGGAGUGCGACAAAUGACUACUCCGUUUGGAAAGCCGUCAGAUGCCCUUAUCGAAGGUUUUGUUGGAGAUGUUGCAUGUGUUGUGCUUCCCAGACAUGGUAAAGGACACUUAAUUCCGCCCAGCGAAGUCAACUAUCGCGCCAACGUUUGGGCGUUGAGAGAUCUCGGGUGUACUCAUAUAUUAGCUACCAACGCUUGUGGUAGUCUACAGGAGGACUUAGUACCCGGAGAUUUCGUUGUUCUCAAUCAGUUUUUGGAUAAAACUUGGGGUCGUGAAAAUACGUUUUAUGGAAGUAAACCUGAUUCAUUGAAAGGAGUUCUACAUAUGCCGAUGGCAGAACCAUUUUGUGAAAAAACACGUCAGAUGUUAAUCCAAGCGGCCAGAAAUAAAUCAAUAAAUGUUUAUGACAAAAAAACCAUGGAUAAAUCCGCCUGUAUUCAUCCAUGUGUACAUACUGAAGGUUCUGCAGUAACUAUCAAUGGUCCACGUUUUUCAACUCGUUGCGAAUCAUUUGUUCAUAAGGCAAUGGGAUUGGAUAUAGUUAACAUGACAUUAGUUCCUGAAGUUUCAUUGGCUCGUGAAGCUGGUUUAAGUUAUGCUUCUAUAGCAAUUGUUACCGAUUUUGAUUGUUGGAAAGCAGAUGAGGAACAUGUCUGUGUUGAUAUGGUUUUGGAACAGUUUCGUAAAAGUAUUGUUCACGUUAGAGAAAUUCUAUUAGAGGCUGUGGCAUUGAUUGGUGCUGAAGACUGGACAACAACCAUUGAAGCAAAUAAGGCGCUAGUGUCGAGCUCGCGUCAAGACUUACUUCAUCAAGAUAGUAAGGGCAAAUAAAUAUGAGGAUAAUCGGAAUUUAUUGUCUGUGAACAUGAACAAAUGAAGUUUAAUUGACUAUUUUACAAAUAAAGAUUUCAAAGAAUGUUCUUAUUUAAUUGACAGUAAUUAUGAAAUUGAAUAUUUUUCAUGACAAGUGUUUUCUACUUUUAAUUGGUUGUUUUGUUAGAAUCCUAUGAAAUUUGUAUUUGAGAAUAAAACUUAAAACAAU